CCGCUCCUUAUUUGACGUGCCGUAAAAGAGAUCAUGAAAAAAUAAAUGUGUAAUAUAAUUUGUUAAAUAUUUACAUUGCCGUGUUACACUUUAAAACUGAGAGUUAGGGCGUGUUUUUGAAUGGCAUUUUUCAUGUGUUAUACGAGAUGUUGUAUAAAAAUAAUGAUACUAACUUCAUUACAUUUCGAGUGGUUCUAGUCUGUAGAGCGGCUCUAUUGUUUGUUGUUGGGAAAUUGAGAAAAAUGGUGUUCACAGUGGAAUCAACUGAACAGGAUGUCUCUAAACAUGACAACAGAGGGUCUGUAUGGAAGGAAUUUAUAAUAUCAUUUCUGGCAAGCAUUCCAUUCUUCACACACGGCAUAGAAACUACAAUACUUUCAACAUCAGCGCAUGCAGGCCACUUCAUCACCUCACCUGAUGAUGAGCCAUGGAACGCUACAGCCAUGUUGCUAGCAGCUGGUACAUCCGCUCCAAUUUACUGUUACCUCAUUGAUAAGUUCGGAAGAAAGAUUGGAAUAUUCAUCAUCAGUUUAAUGCAGGGUGCUUCACUUGUACCAUUAUUUUUACCGCCGCAAGACAUAAAUAUGAUAAUAUUACAUGUAUUCGCUGGAAUCUCGUCAGGAGGACUAUUUACUGUUCUACCAAUUUACAUAAGAGAAAUAAGCUCAAUAAACACAAGGGGCGUGACGAUGUCAUUGAUGAUGGUGAUGACAACUGCCGGAUACCUGAUGAAGUUGGUGACAGGAAUUGAAACUUUGAUGUAUUCGAUGACAGCACUCGUGAUAAUACAAUUCAUAUUUAUGGUAGUGAUGGUGGAAUCACCGAGCUAUUUGGUGAUGAUUGGGAAAAUGGAGGCAGCGAUGCAAUCGUUGUCGAAGUUAAAAUGUUUGACAUACGAUAAUCCAACAAUAUCAACGGAAUUAACACAUUUAAAAGAUGAAAGUGACAGAGGUACAGCAAAUGGAAAGUUAAACUUAGUUAAAAUUCUAAAAGACAGAAUAUGGUGGGACGCCACGAAAAUAGGCUUUAUUCUCUACACAAUACAUGUUAUAUGUGGCAGCAUCGUAUUCUUAGAUCAAGAUAAGGCUUUAUUGCAACUAAAAAUGGAUAUGGACCCUGAGAAAGUGCUCGUCGUGGCUUGUUUGUGUGGAGGCGGCCUGCUCUGCUUGUUGAUGAUCAAAUUUGUUGAGAGAAAGUAUCUGUUGACUUUUGGGUAUGUGAUAAUGGUACUGUCUAUGGGUGUACUCGGGGUCUACACACAAACAGAUCUGACUGUGAGAUCAUUACAUUGGUUGCCGGUGGCAGCCCUGAGUGUGCUAAUUGUGGGAUAUGGUUUAGCAUGGGGUUUACCCAUAAUUAUCAUGGUUGAGAUUUAUAAUCUCGAGAUACGCGCCAAGCUGCUCGGUGUUUUAUAUGCAUAUUCACAAUUAAUAAAACUAGCACAUGUACACUCCUUUAAAUAUAUCGAAGAUUAUACGGGAAUAUAUACUAUAUUCUACUUAUUUGCUUGUAUAAACCUAUUUGCUGGUGUGUACAGUUUAUUUGGGAUACCUAAUAUAAAAGAUAAGAGUGUUAAACAAAUUGAAAGACAAUUGAAACGACUGCCGAUACUGAAAUUAUGAAAU